UAAUGGUGGUUCGUGAGGUGCUAUUGUUGUUGUUAUCAUUUGCAGUCGCAGGGAAGCAGGACAUGGGUGAGUAGAAAGGAAAGGAGGAAACAAAGCAGACAUGAACAUGAACAUGAACAUGAACAUGAACAUGAUGAUGCACCCAAUUGUAAGGAGAAGCAGGCUCAUCGCCUCGUUCUUAUUCCACUAUAACUACUACUACUAUCCUUCUUCCAAAAUUCUCAGUAACAACAUCAACCACAGUGGCAGUAAUCCCCAUUCAAAUUCAACAAAUUCAGGGUAUCAGCGGCGACACAAGUGGGAGGGAAAGGGAAAGGGAAAGGGAAAGGGAAGCGGUGAUGGUAUUGUUUACUACGACCACAUAAGAGCCGACAUGAACUGCCCUCGUUGCUCCAGAAACAUGUCUGUCAUCUUCUCCAACCGACCCUUAUCCAUUUCUGGUCACCAACCGGGUCUCUAUCAGGCCCUCAAUCUCUGCCCCUCUUGCAAAACCGCCUUCUACUUCAGACCCCUCAAGCUCUCUCCUCUUCACGGCACUUUCAUCGAGAUCGCAAGGCUCAACCACCAUCCACCUCAACCUCAACCUCAACCUCAACCUCAACCUCAACCAGAUUCCCCUUUGCCGCCAACGCCCAAACAGAUUUUCAAUGCCCUCAAUCAAUUUGUUGUGGGUCAGGAAAAGCCUAAAAAGCUGCUUUCGGUCGCUGUUUACAACCACUAUAUCAGGUUACGCCUUGCAACAACUCAGCCUGAGUCUCAAUCUUCCGAUCAAGACACUGAUUUGGUUCAGCCUGAAAAAAGUAACGUCUUGCUCAUCGGUCCCACUGGCUCAGGGAAGACCUUGCUCGCCAAAACGCUUGCCCGGAUUGUCAAUGUUCCAUUUGCCAUUGCUGAUGCUACCACUUUCACGCAGGCUGGUUAUGUUGGAGAAGAUGUUGAGUCAAUAUUAUAUAAGCUUCUUGUGGAAGCUGAUUUCGACGUGGAAUUAGCUCAGCGAGGGAUUGUCUACGUUGAUGAAGUUGAUAAGAUUACUAAGAAGGGAGAAAGUUUGAACAUUGGAAGGGAUGUAUCUGGGGAGGGGGUCCAGCAGGCCUUGCUCAAAAUGCUGGAAAGCACUGUAGUGAGUGUACCUGAUAAAGGAGCUCGCAAGCAUCAGUCUGGUGAUAGUGUCCUGAUAGAUACGAAAAAUAUUCUUUUUAUAUGUGGAGGGGCCUUUGUUAAUUUGGAGAAGAUCAUCUCCGAAAGGAAGCAAGAUUCGUCCAUUGGCUUUGGAGUACCAGUUCGUGCAAAUAUGAGGGCUUGUGGAUUACCUGAUGCUGCGGUGACAUCAUCACUUCUAGAGAAUGUGGAAAGUGGCGAUCUAAUUGCUUAUGGCCUUAUACCUGAAUUUGUGGGGCGUUUUCCCAUUUUAGCUGGUUUGUCUGCUUUGAGUGAGGACCAACUUUUGCAGGUCCUUAUUGAACCGAAAAAUGCCCUUGUUAAACAGUACAAGAAGAUGUUCAGAAUGAAUGACGUCAAUUUACAUUUCACUGAUAAUGCUUUGAGAUUGAUUGCAAAGAAAGCUAUGGCAAAGAACACUGGUGCUCGUGGUUUAAGAGCCUUAUUAGAAAACAUUCUUACCGAAGCGAUGUUUGAGGUCCCCGACAAGGCUGAUAUUGGUAACAUCGAAGGGGUUCUGGUUGAUGAAGAGGCUGUUGGGUCACUGAACGGACAUGGAUGUGGAGCAAAAAUACUAUACAGAGAUAAUAAUGGCUCAUUGGAGGGUCAAGCAAGAGCCAUAUGUUUGUAAAUGGUCAGUAGAUAGAUGAAUGCAAAGCUCUUUUCUUCUUUAUCAUUCCUGUUUUUUCCUCACCCUUUUUUAGUAUACCUCCAUUUUUUUGGUCUUUUAGGGAGGGUUGCGUUUGAAUAAAAGUGUUAUAUGUGUACUCUCAAUGAGCAUUGUAUAAUGUAAAGUUAGUGUUAUAUUAGGCUUUGAAAUUCGGUCAAAUUUCGUCUGUUGGUUGGGGGCGAUGAAGACACACAAGGCGCUUAAGGCCACAUAGGGAUGAGCAAGGCUAUUGUCAGACUAAUCUCAUCCUUCUAAAUCUUUUUGUGAACAAUUGGCACCCACUCUGGAGCUCAGUGAACGGCUUUCAUGCUUACACAGUAACUUACACUUUCUGUUAGAUGAAUUAGAAACCGAGAAUCAAGUUCGUCAACAAAGGAGGUGGGGGACUCUCAGAAGAUCUAACCCAAGGUUUAGUUAUUAUACUUUGAUACGAGAAAGGGAGCAGCACAAAGGUGAAUGACAACAAUAGUAAGAAUAAAGCAACUACAAUUUCUCAAUUAAGCACUCUUCCACUUAGUAAUUUUACCUUAGUUUUUGUGCGCUAAUAUUAAAUGUGAUAAAGAGGAAGAGAUGACUGAUGUAAACGAAGACAAUAUUGUUUUUUUUUUUUGACAGUAAAGACAAUAUCGUUGAAAUAGUGAGAAUUGUUUCUUUUAGCAGUGGGUUUGGGAUACCUACAAAAGAGGCUAUUGAGCCUGAAGUGUGAUGAUAUAGGAAUAUCGUACUGGAAAUGCCAUCCAAUUUGAUGGAUCUGAUUACUCUUCCAUUUCCCUUGCACUUACGUGCCAUAAGUGAAUAACUCUAGCAAUUCUAAAACAAUCAUCUUUUGGAAUUAUGAUAUGAUAUGGUGUCCACA